GAUUUUUUGCUGUAUUCUAGAUGAUCUACCUCCUCAUACUGUUAAUGUUCGUUGCGGUAGUAGUUGCUCAGUCAGAAAGCCCUCUCACAUCGGCAAAAAUGGACGAGCUGAUCAGCUCUGCGGACGAUCUUGUUCGCGACUAUGGAGACGUGCAUAGCCGACUGACCACAAAGGUGCGAACCCGACUUGUGAUACUACUCCUACAACUUAUACCAGCCGAGAAAGAGGUGGACCGGUUAGGAGAUGCAGAUCUCAAGCAAAAGUUCGACAACAUUAUCCUCCUUCUGGAAAAGAAGUUGAAGAUCAAGUACACCAAAAUCAAGGAGCGCCUUUCCAACAUCAUUACUCGAUUCUUGGAACCCAUGAUGGUCCCAUUGACUAUUAUGCAAGUACCAAGUCAAGAAGAGAUACAACAAGCUCUCGUGGCAUUCGAAAAUAUCCCACCUUCAUGGAGAGGAGGAAAUCGGGCGCGAGCUGCACUUACAGCACUUAGAGAAAAUACAUCUCAAAAUGAAGUACAGCCAGCCCCCGAAAAGGUCCUGCCUUCCAAACAAGUUCCACAGAAUUCCCAGCUUCAAACUUUGGAAGUUCAACCUUCCCAGACAUUUCCGACAGAUUGGACACAGGCUCAACCACCUCAGCCUCAGCAGUUCAGUCAACCCCAAUAUCUCUCAACUUCUCAAGAACUUGUAUAUCAACCAGUAUCCCCAAAUUACUUCUCUGAUAAGCGCUAUGCUCGAGAAUACGAUUAUACUGGCAGUAAUAGCAUUACCAGGCCAUCCCAGCCGUACUACUUACCAACUUACCAGUACAACUCAUACCAGCCUACCCUACAGUAUCCACAACCGUAUUAUUGGCAACAACCCGUGCAACAAACACUACAACGUCAACCAGCAUACUAUUGGGUCUAUCCCAAUGGCAGGAUCUAUUACGAUCAAAAUCAGUACUAUCCGUAUUGA